AUGGCUGAGGCGUCUUGCUCGGGGCCGUCCCCAUUCAAGUCCCUCGUGGACCAUCACCAGCGCAACACAUCGCACCACCAGGACCGCUUCGUCAGCAACACGCCAGCAGGAAAAUCUUUUCGUUCUCAGCAGGCGCAAGGUCCAUCGAGUCAAAAUGACUUUGCAGCAUUCAUGGAUGGUGCCUCGCAACUGUCAGGGCCAUCACCUCAUCACGCCGCCGCCCGGUUAGCGAACCAUGCCGCCGCCCUGGAACCUCAUCAGCACCAUCAUCAACCUCACUUUCAACAGCCGCAGCAACCAGCGGCUGGCAUGGGAAGCUGGGCAGCCGACUUUGCGCGCUUUGCUCAACAACCCCAGUCAGAACAACCUCAUCAACCUCAUCAACACCAUCCUCAGCAGCAGCAGCAGCAGCACAUGCCGCAACAACCUAUGUUCCAUACCCAACGCAUGGCCGGCGCCUUUGGCUUCCAGAACCAACAGUCCCCCCUGUAUGGACCGACAAACUCGGGCUUCCUCGACCCCCAGGCCGCGCACGCCCAGCGUCCUGCCGCCGAGACCGACUUUGACACGGAAAUGUCAAAGUGGAUGUCGCAGCACGGCAGCACCGCCCAGAACGCCAAGGCGAUGGAGGACGUGGACGCCGUCAUGGAGCAGAUGGCCCGCGCCCUCGAGGUCACGGAGAACGCCGUCCAGGAGCAGGACGAGCUGGCGGCGCAGUCGCAGGGUCCGCAACUGACGGAUCUGCGCCGUGAGGAGAUUGGCCAUUUGCAGAGCAGCACGCCUCCAUUUAAGGAGGAGAAAACGGCGGCCGAGGUGGCCAAGGGGCGAUCAGAGGUCUCCGAGGCCGCGGAGAGGUUAUUGGACAGCGUGCGGCAUGAGGACGGGGAUAAGUGGAAGAACUCAAUGUUCUUGUCACUCAUGCGCGACUUUCGGGACGGGAAGAAGGAUAUUGUGGGGGACGAGAUUCGCGAGACGGAGGAGGCGGAGGUCGUGGUGUCGAGGACAUCCUGA